GUGCUGGCAGCAUCGUCUGCUGUUGUUCCAAUCAUGCAGCCGAAAACCAGACGCCACUUACUCAUGCUGCUGACCACAGCCAUCGUUGGGACCUGCAUGGGUCUCAUGAUUUACUUUUCGGGCUUUGACCACGAGACGAUGACUGCGAAGAAUGUGCUUAUUACUGUGGUCAUAGUGCUGUUCUUCGAGAGGACGAUCGCCGACCCAAUCAAGUUCUUCUUCAUCGCUUUGGACAUGUCCCUCUGGCCGUAUCCCAUGGCCAAAUAUCGGCCGUACCGUAAGGAGGAUGACAAUAUUGAGAACUACAAUCGUUUGGAUUUUCUGAAGCUGCGCUUGAGGUCAAUGAAAUCGAAAAUGCGGAUCACCGAGCGCUACCGCAACGAGCAGCUGAAUCUAGAGUUUCGCAACAUUAUCCACGACCUGCAACUUUAUGGCACAUACUUUCUGGUGCUGACCGGGGUUGUCCUGGUCUCGCGCAACGAGCUGACCUACUACAAUACGGUUACGAUGAAUAAACUGUUUAUGUUUAAUCAUUCGAUCUACGUUGGCCUCAACGAGGUCUAUCACCUGAAUCAGCUGUUCGAUUUCAUACAAUCGUCGCUAAUCGAAGCCUUCAACAAGGGCGACUCCGCGAUGGGCAUCUCCAUUUGGACGCACAUCAUGCAGUCGAAGCUGCUGGGCGUGGUGCGUCUGCGCCAGCUCCGGCUGGCGAAGGAGCAGUUCAGCUACGGCAAUCCCGAGUACACGGAGCAGCCCUACAAGCCCGAUUGGCAGCUGCCAUAUCAGCAAUACCAUUAUGCGGACAAAUACUGGCGUGUCUACGAUCCCUGGGUGCCCAUGCGCAAGAGCGAAUUCACCGAGAAGCUUGUGCUCAACUUCAAUCACCAUGGCCAAAUGCACAACUAUCCCGAGCUGAAGGGCUAUGCGGCCCUGCUCUGUCGCGCCAAGCAGAACAGCCAGAAGGUGCUUGAGUUUCUGACCGACUACAAUUGGCUGACAUACAACACGAGCGCCGUCUUCAUGGACUUUACGCUCUACAACAUCGACGCCGACAUGUUCAGCGUGUGCACGCUGUGGGUGGAGCAGACGCCCUUCGGCAGCAUCAUACCGGGCAUGCACUGCGACAGCAUUCAACUGAUUGUGAAUAGCCUGCAGAUAUCGUAUUUGAGACUGUUGAUUCUGCUCUACUACGUGAUCACGUUCUUGAACUUCAUUCAAGCAUUCGUCGUGAACGUUUGGUACGAGCCGUCCAGGCUGCGCAACAUCUGGAUUAUAAUGGAUGCGUUCAUCAUAGUGGUCAACAUAUUGCUGAUUGCCACGAUCCUGUGGCGAGCAUCGAUUGUGGCCUCGAUGCUGAAGAGGCUGGAGGGCGCCAAUAGGCUCGAGUUUCUCGACUUUCGCAUUCCGGCUCGCCUGUAUGGCCUGUGCAAUGUUCUCACCGGUUUUCUGAUCAGCGCCACCACGCUGCGUCUGUGGAAGGUGCUGCAGUUCGCCCGGGUAUUUCAGAUAUUCACACGAACCCUGUCCUCGGCCUGGAUGCCCCUGCUCAUCACGUGCUCGACCAUCGUCAUCUUCCUGGGGGCGUUCGGCAUCGCCACAUGCGUUAUCAAUGGCAACAACAACACGUACUUCAUCCAUGCGUUCACCAGUGUUGUUUCCAUCUUGUGCUUCUCGUUCGGCUUCAAGACCGAGAUCCGGCCCGAGGAUCUGUUCCACGGUGGCAAGUACCUGGGCGUUAUUCUGUAUGCGACCAUGGGAUUUGUGGUCGUGGUGCUCCUGCUCAAUGUCUUCUCCAGUCUGAUUAACACGUACUUCAUCGAAGCCAAGGUUCUGGGCGACGCCAAGUUCAAGGAGCAAAUCACAUUCUUUCAGUUCCUGCGCGUGGAGUUCGACCAUACUUUCCGAAUCCUUGGCAAGGUCUUCUGCGUUGAAAAGUCUUACAAGCGCAACGGACGCACGGUCGCCGAGAAUGUCCAAAUCAUGCUGGACAAGCGCGAGCGCAAGAAGACCGUUGAGAAGAACGAGCACUUCCUUCAAGUCGACUACAGGGAGCGCAUUGAGCUGACGCUCUCCAUAUCGCGCAUUUUGAAUAUACAAAUGGAAAUACUGGAGAACAUACUGUUUGCCGAAAUCGAGGAGAAGAAGAAGCAGCACAAGCCACACAAGCCAAAGGGCAAAGAGCCGAAGGCAUCCUAUGACAGCAUGGUCUGAGCAGGGGUCGACUCGGCUCGGCUGGGGCAAAUAAUUUAUAAUUGCAGUUAGUUUUUGUGUGUUGUUGUUUUUCAUUUGUCAUUUGU